AACACCGGGUAAUUAUGAACUAAAAUGAGAUCACGUGGACAAGUUGGACAACAAACAUAUACUACAUAUAGAUCCUUUAUUGUGAUCGAAAGCCAAGAAAGACACCGUUUGCGUGUGCCUCUUACUCGGCAAUGGAAGUGUUCUUCAGGCCACACACAAGCCCUGUAACCCUGAGGCGACAGGCAGCAAUGCGGCAUCGUAGUUCUAGCAGUAGCCAGCAGGGGGCAGUGGCACAGCACGCCGGUACAAGUUCCCCUGAAAGGAGAAAUGAUGACGGUGGAUAUCCGGAUCAUGCCACGCACUGUGAAGCCGAGGGAAACCUCCCUGCUCUGGACAACGGGGCACCUGUGAAUUCGGAGGAGCUGGGUGACCUGGAGGUGACUGGACUGCAAGUACCUUCUGAAGACGAGGCCAAAGGGAGCUAUGAAGACCUCAUGGAGGCACUUUGUAGCCCUGCGGGCGGCAUUGCUGCGGCACUGAGGUCUGUAGCCUCCUGUGAUUCGUGGAUUAAGGGGUCACAUGUCACCUCGCCCGUGCCCCGACUCUUCUCCUAUGGCCAGGGCAAGGGGGAACCUGGUGAGACUCAAGCAGCUGGUGAACCUUCUCUCCAAAUUACACCACCCAGAGAGGGCCUAGCAGAGCAAAGGGACGCAGAAGAAACCAAAGAGGAGGACAAGCCAGAAGAUGCAUUAAUACCUCAGUCUAAGUAUAUUCAUAUUUUGCCUCUGUACCAGGAUUACUGGCUGCAGUGUGUGAGGGAGGAGCUGAGCAGAAAGCGAGAUGUGCCCAAUAUUUUUGGCCUCCUGACUCCGCCCCACCACGACCCGGCAGACCCCGUCCCCCGAUCGCGCUCCCUCAACUUCUCCCUGUGGCAGGACCUGCCUGAGGUUCGAGAGAGCGGCCUCCUGGAUGUGCUGACCGCCAGGGAGAAGCGCUUGCAGGAGGCCAUGUUUGAGAUGAUUGGGUCAGAGGCCUCCUACCUGAAGAGUCUGAUGGUCGCUGUGAGCCACUUCCUGGGGUCACAGGAGCUGCGACUGACCCUGCCCAAAAUGGAGCACCACAUCCUCUUCUCAAACCUCCCUGAGGUGAAGAGGGUCAGCGAGAGGUUCCUGCAGAGCCUGGAGUCUCGCCUGGGAGACGGCGCUGUGAUCCCGCAGGUCGGCGACCUCGUGCUUCAGCACCGGGCUGCCCUGCGCAGCGCCUACGUGCCCUACGUCACCAACAUGAUGUACCAGGAGGCCCUCGUCUGCCGCCUGCUGCGGGGGAACCGAGAGUUCGUCGAGGCGCUGAGGAAACUGGAGGACGCCCCCGUCUGCCAGAGGCAGAGCCUCAAGUCCUUCCUGGUUCUGCCUUUUCAGAGGAUCACACGUCUGCGCAUCAUCCUGGAGAACGUCCUGAAGCUGACCCCGCCUGACUCGGAGCCUGCCAUCACUCUGAAGGAAGCCAUUGCGGCCAUACACCAGAUUGUGACGGAGUGUGACAGUGGUGUUCAGCGCAUGAAGCAGACGGAGGAACUGGUGCGCCUGGAUAAGCUGGUUGAUUUCGGCAGUGUCAAGUCCAUCCCCCUGAUCAGCAGAGGGCGCCGUCUGUUGCGUGAUGGUCCCCUGCGACAGGUCAUUGUGGAAGGGAGCACCAGCAGCGGAUCUAUAGUGUCAUUCAAGGACAUCUAUCUGCACCUUUUCAACGACCUCCUCCUGUUGUCACUCAGGCAAGCGGGACGGUUCAGUGUGCUGGACUACUCUGCGUUUCCGGCUCGCGUGGGGGUGGGGCAGCUGAAAGCCGAAAUUUUGGGCCUGCCUACAGAGUCUUUCCUACUUCGUCUCUCACGGAACCACACCGGUGCCCCCACCGCCCUCAUCCUCGCUGCAGACACCAGCUCAGACAGAGAGGCAUGGAUAAUGACCUUGUCCUCACAGACCAAUGGGAUAGAUACGCAGGACCUCUGA